AUGGAGCCGUUAAAUGAAGACGCUGCAUUCCAGUCCAACAUACCUGUGCCACUGGAUAUAACGGUGGCUGUGGUCUACUUUGUUUUCGGAGUGUGUUCACUGUUUGGCAACAGCACACUGCUGUACGUGUCCUUCAAGAAGAAGCGCCACCUGAAACCUGCGGAGUACUUCAUCAUCAACCUGGCUGUCAGUGACUUGGGCCUGACUCUGUCCCUUUACCCUAUGGCGAUAUCGUCAAGCUUCUACCACAGGUGGUUGUAUGGGAGAACCGUAUGCUCUGCAUACGCUUUCUGUGGAAUGUUGUUUGGUAUCUGCAGUCUGACCACUCUCACCCUGCUGAGCGUGGUGUGCUUUGUGAAAGUAUGUUACCCACACUAUGGAAACAGGUUCAAUUCUGUUCACGGCCACCUGCUGAUUGCCUGUGCUUGGUUCUACGCCCUGUUUUUCGCUUGCUCCCCGCUGGCCCACUGGGGGGAAUAUGGGCCAGAACCUUAUGGCACCGCUUGUUGCAUUGACUGGCGCCGGUCCAAUCAGAACACCACGGCACGCUCCUUCUCCGUGGUGCUGUUCGUCUUCUGCUACAUCCUCCCAUGCUGUGUUAUUGUAGCAUCCUACACAGGCAUUCUGGUCACAGUGCAGUCGUCGCGCAAGACCAUGGAGCAGCAUGCGUCGCGGCCAACGCACAUGAGCAGCAUCCAGGCAAUUAUUGUUAAGCUAAGUGUUGCUGUCUGCAUCGGCUUCUUUGCGGCAUGGAGUCCAUAUGCCGUGGUGUCCAUGUGGGCUGCUUUUGGACAAAUCAAUAAUAUCCCUCCUCUUGCAUUUGCCAUGCCAGCAAUGUUUGCCAAGUCCUCCACCAUCUACAACCCCAUCAUCUACCUGACGCUGAGGCCAAACUUCCGCAGGAUGAUAAGCAGAGACGUGGGUACUCUGUGCCACGCCUGUCUGAGAAGCUGCCUCUGCUCCCAGAGCCUUGUAAAGGGCUUCUCUAAGCCCGAGAUCAGGUUUAGACUUCGCACAAUUCACAGACCGAACAACCAAUUUCCCUCGUCCGACCCGGCUGCUCAACCUCCUACGGUCCACAAUUGUGAGAAGUGCAAGGAUGCUUUUGAAUGCUUCCAACGCUACCCUCAAAUGUGUGGUGUCACUAAGCGGGCUGCCAAUGGAGACUCAUCCAAGGAUCACGACAAGCCAGUUCUCCAAACACAUGAGCAGCCGUCUCAAAGUGUGCAUCACAAGAAGUCUCUGCUGGCCACCACACGUGCAAAAAGGACUUCAGAGAUGGACAACCUCCAUAUUAAUCUAGAGUUGGUGCCAGGGCACGCAAAAGUGGCUUGGCCCUGA